AACGUUACUCUACAUUUAGCGAGUGAUCUGCUUAGCUGGCAGGCUAGCUAGGUAACAUUCGCUAGCAGGUCACUGUUGCUAGUCUGCAAUGGCAAAUGUUAGCCAGCCCACUAGAGUUAUGGCUACGUGAAGGCUAACGGAGAUAGUAACAUUGAAGUUAUUGGGGAAACUAUGCUAGUACUCCGAUUCAAGUGUUUUGUGACAUUGACUGAAUCAUUGUCUACAAUAAGGUUGUGUUCUUUCCAUAAAAUGCUUUUGCCUUGAAGUUUACAUGCAAAGCAUCGCCAACAAGCUGUUAACUGGCUAACGUUAGCAAACUAUGAGAAACAGAUUAGCUAACAUUAACUUAGCCCUAACCAACGCUCGAGAGCUAAUAGGACCAAGGCAUAACCGAAACAUUUGUGAGGAUGAGUAAGAAGCCUCCCUGUCGGCCAGGAAUCAUCUUUGAGGUGGGCGCAAGAGUUGAGGCCCAGGACUAUCUUCAGAAAUGGUACACCUCUCGCAUUGAGAAGAUUGACUAUGAUGAAGGGAAAAUGCUAGUGCAUUUUGACCGUUGGAGCCACCGCUAUGACGAAUGGAUCUUUUGGGACAGUAACCGCCUAAGGCCUCUUGAGAAGCCAACCCUAAGGAAGGAGGGACUAAAAGAGGAAGAGGAGAUGUCUGAGAGACUCGGCGAGAUAAGAACAUCUCGCCUACCUGAGCUUCCUGGAUGUACAGAGAGCACAGAGGACCAAACAGAGUUACCACAGCCGAGACAAGAACUGAGAGAUGGUGAGGAGGUCCUGGCUCGUUGGACUGACUGCCGAUACUAUCCAGCAAAGAUUGAGACGGUCAACAAAGAGGGUACUUACACAGUCCAAUUUUACGAUGGUGUAAUAAGAUGCGUGAAAAGAAUUCAUAUCAAAUCGAUGCCUGAAGAUGCAAAAGGACAGGACUGGAUUGCACUUGUGAAGGCAGCCACGGCAGCUGCGAAGAGCAAAGGAGGCUGCAGGCCACGCACGAGUGUAAACAGCAACAAGAGCAAAGAUGAGCAGAUGUCUGACUGUGAGGAGGAGGAGGAAGAAGAGGAGGAGGAGGAGGAGGAGGAGGAGAUCAAGCUGGAAGAAGAGGAGGACCGAAAAUCAGAGAGACCAGACACGGAGUCAGCAGGAGAGGAUGACUGCAAGUCUCAAUCUGAUCACCAAGAGAUGGGCAACGCUAAGAAAAGGAGAAGACCGGGCAGUGUCUGUAAUUCCAAGAGGCUUCGUCUACAGCCAGGAUACAGUGAAGAGGAGAUGGACUGCAAGGAGGAGCCAAAGGACGUGCCAGUCACAACUCAGCAGAGGAUUGUGGACGCCGAGGCGUCCACUGUAGACAGUAAAGCUGCGGUUUUCCCGGCUGUGCAGGGCGUCCCAUCCCCGGUCCGACUGCGUAACCGGCGGCUCAAGCAUGACUCUGGAGAAUCCAGCAGCAGCCAGAGGCACGGGGCAGAGGAGGGUGAGGCCAGCUGCUCCCCGGCCUCCAGCCACAGUUUCACCGACGCUCCUCAAACAGUCUUGAUAGGUGCACAGGCAGCUGCCUCAUCACCUCAGAGAAGACGACGAUCUCAGAGGCUUGCCACCACCUUUGACCCAAUAUGUCCUUCUUCUCCCACACCCAAAGACAUUAGUCCGCACUCAAACACAGAUCUUCCACAGCCCAACGAGAAAGACAUGGAAAACUCUGAGAAGAGAACGGCAUCUCCUCACAACACCUUGCCUGUGGUUCCUGCUACCCCACCUUCCAUACCUCCAUCCCUUGGUUCAUCGCCAAGUCCAUUAUCUGAGAAGUUGGUUGAUGGACAAGUGACUAAUCACGUUCUGCUGGGACAGAAAUCUCCUCCUCUGGUGACAGCCGUUACUCCCAAGGCUGUUGCGAGAACACCCAAGGCAAAUAAGCAUGCAAGGGAACCAAUCAUGAGUACCAAGCGCUCGGAGGACCCUACAUCUCUGAAUGAGUGCAUCGAUCUGGACCAUAACAAAUUCAAGUGUAAAAUUCCUGGUUGCUCCAAGGCCUUUCGGAAAGCCAAGCUCCUGGACUACCAUCUCAAGUAUUACCACAAUACAGACAAGGAGCAGGAGGCAGACGUUGGAUCUCCAGACAGAGUCGGCCGCACCAGGGCCACCUCCGCCUCCAUGCCAACCAGCACCCUCCUGGAGGUCCCUGAUAACAAGAGGCGCAGGACCGUCUCCACCUCCUCUUGUCCGCGACCGGGCCCUUAUCUCUCUUUCGGUGUGCCAGCUCUCUCCUCCCAGAGCCACAGUCUGCACCUGGACUACACCGGAAACUGUUUGAGGCCUCCGAAGUUCUGCAAGAAAAAGCGUUCGUCAGCCUCGGUUAGCUCCGACAGCACUGAGGUGUCUUUGCCUCCGCCGCCACGGGAAAAAGCUUUCGAGAGCCUCCACGAAAAGAUCCUCAAGAAGGUCAUUGAGAAGGACACGGGACUUUGCAUAAAGACAGAGAAGAAGUGCCAGUUGAUAGGCAGAAAGAAAGAGAAGGACAAAGACCGCAAGGACAGAAAAGAAAAGGACCCCUUUAAGUUAAAACAGAAGAAGAAGAAAAAGAAAAAGAAGAAAUCGAAACAGCACGGUUACUCUGAGCUAGAGGACAUGUCUCUGGCUUUCCUGGAGCGGUCGUCUCCGUCUGCUUUCCACCGCUCCACUGGCAGCGCCUUCACCCUUCAUACGUCCUCCUCCUCUUCCGCCUCCUCCAAGCAUAACUACCCCCGUGCCAUCCUGUCCAUCGACCUCACCGGGGAGAACCUCUCGGACAUCGACUUCCUGGAGGACUCGACCACGGAGUCGCUGCUACUAAGCGGCGAUGAGUACAAUCAGGACCUGGAGUCGCUGGCCAUGGACGACUUCCCCGACGAGGACGAGACGGCAGCUAACGAGAUCGUGCGCUGCAUCUGUGAGAUGGACGAGGAGAACGGCUUCAUGAUCCAGUGUGAGGAGUGUAUGUGCUGGCAGCACAGUGUGUGUAUGGGUCUGCUGGAGGACAGCAUCCCUGACCAGUACAUCUGCUACAUCUGCAGAGAUCCCCCAGGGCAGAGAUGGAGUGCCAAGUACUGCCACGACAAAGACUGGCUGAAUAAGGGCCACAUGUACGGCCUGUCAUUCCUCGCUGAGAACUACUCCCACCAGAAUGCCAAGAAGAUCAUGUCGACCCACCAGCUGUUGGCCGACGUCUACAGUGUCAGGAAAGUGCUGCACGGCCUGCAGCUGAAGAUGGACAUUUUGCAGAGCAAACACAAUCCCAGCCUGCACUUGUGGGCGCGCUCGUGGGUGAACUCGGACGAGGAGCAGCCCAUGGGCGGGGCGCCCGACUGCAUCCACCUCCGCGAGCACCUCAGCCAGAGCGCCCUCCCCGAGACGUACAUCACCAGCGAGCACAGCUACCAGAAGCCUCCCAACGCGCAGGAGCGAGCGGGGGAGCCGGGAGCGCCACCAGCCGCCAGCGCCCCGCAAUGCGUACCAAAGGAGGAGGAGGACACUGGUGCCAUAUGCCUGGCCAGCUGCGUUACGGAGAGCUACGCCGGGUCAGCUGAUCAGGCCCGCAACUGCCUGCAGUGGCAGAUGAACCUGCUCACGCACAUCGAGGACGUGCAGAACCAGGUGGCCGGCCGGAUGGACCUGAUCGAGAAGGAGCUGGACGUUCUGGAGAGCUGGUUGGAUUUCACCGGUGAAUUGGAGCCCCCAGACCCUUUGGGUCGCCUGCCUCAGCUGAAGUGCCGAAUCAAGCAGCUCCUUACUGACCUGGCCAAGGUCCAGCAGAUGAGCACCCUGUGUUCGGUGUGACGCAGUUAACCGGGCUUCGACACACCCACGAACCUGCUUGCACGCACACACACUGUGACCGCACAUGCACCAUUGCACAGCCUGCUGGAGAGGCCUUGGUCUCCUUGAAGUGUCAGACAUCAGAGCCCCCUCAUCCCCAUCCCCACCCCCACCCCUCUCUCUCUCUCUCUCUCUCUCUCUCUCUCUCUUCAAGCAAAUCUGACUCUGGAUCGGCCGCUCCUGGAAUGAAUGUUUGAAGAACUUCAGAAGUCUGUCAGAGGAGCAGUUGGAGGAGGAAGUGCGACUGGAGCUGGCGUAAGAGCAGCCGAGUGGCUCUUGUGUUGUCAGGUGCACUUAAAGGGAAGAUCUAAUCUCUCGCGCACACACACACACACACACACACACACACACACAUUUCAGCCACCCCCCAUGCUGGAGAACUCUUGUCCCCAUUGACAUUCAGUGCCCCAGUGAGCAAAAGGAAUGCCGUCGGAAACAUAAAUUUGUAGCACAAGCUGGGGAUCGAGGCUGGUCCAGAUGAGUAUGUAAGUGUGUGUGGUGCUGGCAUGCCAAACUGCACUGUGUACUUAAAACGACUCCCAACGACUGAGAGGAACAAACUUUGGCUGUAGUGGUCUUUUUUUUCCGAAGACUUAAAACCAGUUAAUGAUUGCGCAUCUGGUCAUUCAAGAUAACGGGAUGACCACACGUCUUGUGCCAAGUGAAGAGUGGGCUCUGUGCUACACGUGCUGCAGCAGCAGUACUCCCAAGCUGACAUAGGAGUCGGACGGGAAACUGAUACAUAGGAUCUGAGUACAGUAUGUAUGCAGUGCAUGCCUAUCUAGUGGUUGUCCUCCGACCUCUCGUUUCAAAUAGCUAGAUGUAAAAUGGCGGCAGUGGUAGCAGCUGUCGCGACAGCUGACUGCUAGCACCGUAGAUUCUCUGCCUGCGACAUGACAAGCCAGCCCAGGAGGAUAGAUCCCCCCCCCCCUCUCACACCCUGUUCACCCCCCCGUAACAGCACAGUAAGCUAGGUCCUCCCUGGACACAAAUAAAAAUGCGUUGAUGGGAAAAUGUUUAUGGUUUUGGAUGGGAAAAUGUAUGUACAGGUUUUUUUUUUGUAACUGUAUACAUAAGGAAGGAUGCAAAAGGCACGAGGACAAAAAUAUACUUGAAAAAAAAAGAUUGCCCACAUGUAUUCAGAAUUUCUAUUAAUCUGUAUAAAAGUGUUUUAGAAUUUAGUAAGCUGUAUGACUUCCAAGUUGUUUUUCAUUGAAAUGUAACAGUUGUAUAUAAAGAGUUUAUUUAAAACUUGGUGUAACAAACCUAACCUAUAACCUCAUUAAAAGUAUUCUGGAUAUUUA